GACAUCCGUUUGCAAUAAAAUAGUUGUAAUAGUUCAACUGUUUGACGUGUUUAGUUUGGCGGUUGUGUCCAAACAGCUGCAGGCUGUCUCGCAGCUCUGCUUGUGCAGAAAGGGGGCGGGGCUUGAGGAGCGAGUCAACAUGCUGGCGGUGUGACUUGAUGUGAUCUGCGGGAAGACGGACACGAACACGAACACGAACACCCACCCACAGGCUGCAGGCUGCAGGAUGGAGCGAGGUGACCGCGAGAGCACCUGGAACUUUCUGUCCCGACACAAAGCGUCGAGCGGGAAAGAUGACAAGCCGCGCAGCAGCUGGAUGUUCCGCAGGAUCGCGCGGAAGGGACCCGCCGUUUUGGACCGGGUCAUCUCCAUCUCGCAGCCCGACCUCGUCUUCUCUUCACGCCGCGACGAGGAGCCCCAAGAGCGAAUCCGGUGCGGCGGCGGCGCCGACAAGUCCGCGGUGGCCCACUUGGUUCCGUCCCAUCACAAGAGCUCCUCACUCGGUUCUGCUGGCCUUGAGGGACUGAAGGGAUCACCGGGAGGAGGAGAGGAGGCGACGACGACAACUGGAGAACAGCUGGAAGAACAACAUGGAGCUGCGGGUCUGGGCACCGCUCUGGCCUCCUCGGGGGUCCCGCCUGAGCGGGCCGGACUGUACAAGCUGGAGGUGGAUCUGCGACGAGGACACAACCUGGCGGUCCGCGACAGGAGAGGCAGCAGCGACCCGUACGUCAAGUUGAAGAUGGCGGGCAAGGAGGUGUUCCGCAGCAGGACCGUCCACAAGAACCUGAACCCGGUGUGGGAGGAGAAGACCACGGUGCUGGUGGACGACCUGAGUGAGCCCCUCUACGUCAAGGUCUUCGACUAUGACUUUGGACUGCAGGACGACUUCAUGGGUUCGGCUCAAGUCCAACUGGACUCUCUGGAGCUGCAGAGGACCACACCUCUGACGGUGGUCCUGAAGGAUCCGCUGCACCCGGACGAGUACCUGGGCACGCUGGAGCUGGCCGUCACGCUCACACCUAAAGACAGUCCGGUGGAGGAGCGGCGAGACUCCAUGUGUGACACCGGUCGUUUCAGACCUUUUGUUUACAAAACCAUGCUGCUCAGGAGGUCCUGGAAGAGAUCCACCAAGCAACAGCAGUCGUUGCGUCUCUCUGAGCUCCAUCGGAAGUCUCAGCUGUGGCGAGGUAUCGUCAGCAUCGCUCUCAUCGAGGGUCGUGACCUGGUGCCCAUGGACCCAAACGGACUGAGCGACCCGUUCGUGAAGUUCCGCCUGGGGCAGCAGAAGUACCGCAGCAAGACGGUGCCGAAGACGUUGAGUCCACAGUGGCGGGAGCAGUUUGAUCUCCACGUGUUCGAGGAGAGCGGCGGCGUGCUGGAGGUCAGCGUGUGGGACUACGACACCGCACGCAGGGACGACUUCAUCGGGCGAUGCCAGCUGGACCUGUCCUCGCUGGAGAAAGAACGAACUCACCUCCUGGAGCUGCCCCUGGAGGAGUCCCGGGGCCACCUGGUGCUGCUGGUCACGCUGACCGCCUCCACGCACAUCUCCAUCGCCGACCUGUCCGUCACGCCACUGGACGACCCGCAGGAGCGCGGCGAGAUCCUCCAGCGAUACGGGGCGCUGAAGUCCUUCUCCAACAUGAAGGACGUGGGCAUCGUGCAGGUCAAGGUGCUGCGAGCGGAAGACCUGAUGGCCGCAGACAUGAUCGGGAAGAGCGACCCCUUCUGUGUCCUGGAACUGAACAAUGACCGGCUGCAGACACACACCGUCUACAAGAACCUCAACCCCGAGUGGAACAAAGUCUUCACCUUUAACGUGAAGGACAUUCACUCUGUGCUGGAAGUCACAGUGUUGGAUGAGGACAGAGACCGCAGUGCAGACUUCCUGGGGAAAGUGGCCAUACCUUUGUUACACGUCAACAACGGCCAGCAGAAGCCGUACGCCUUGAAGGACAAAGAGCUGAAGGUUCCCACAAAAGGACUGGUCUUCCUGGAAAUAGACAUGGUCUACAACACGGUCAAGGCGGCGUUGAGGACGGUGACCCCCGCCGAGCAGAAGUUCAUCAAAGAAGAGCCCAAAGUCUCCGUAAAUAUGCUGCGUCAGAACUUCAUGCGUGUAAAAAGGAGCAUCAUGGUGGUCCUCGGCUGGGGGGCUUACGUCAAUAGCUGCUUUGAGUGGGAGUCAUCGCAGAGGAGCGUCAUCUCCUUCCUGCUCUUCGUGGUGGGGGUGUGGCACUUUGAGCUCUUCAUGCUGCCGCUGGCGUUGCUGCUGCUGCUGGUCUGCAGCUUCUUCUCCUCGGGGAGCCGAGACGCCGCCGCAGACACGUCCGUGGACGCCAUGUCGGAGUGGGACGACGACGACGUCGACGACAAGGAUGCUGAGCCACGAGGCUUCAUGGACAAACUGUACGCCGUCCAGGACAUCUUGAUCAGCGUACAGAACAUGCUGGACCGGGCGGCGUCCUUCGCUGAGAGGCUCAAGAACGUGCUAAACUGGACCGUGCCUUUCCUGAGCUGCUUGGCCAUCGCCACCCUGUGUUUGGCGACGCUGUUGCUUUACCUCGUCCCGCUGCGCUACGUCGUGCUAGCAUGGGGGGUGAACAAGUUCACCAAGAAGCUGCGUGACCCGUACAUGAUCAACAACAACGAGCUGCUGGACUUCCUGUCCCGCGUGCCGUCCGACAUCCAGGUGAUGCAGUAUCGCCAGCUGAAGGUGGACUCAAGUCAAAGUCCGAACAAGCGCAGGAGGACCAACCCAAGCUAGCUAACGCAAAGCUAGAAAAACAAAGAGUGUUUAUUCAUAUCAGGGAUCUUCA